ACAUUUGACAAGCCGCACAUGGCUCUUCCACAUCUUUUCGUCCUUCCCAUCCUAAAAAGUUUGGUUUGACGCAGUAACGUAGAGGCUGUCAGUGAGUUGAAGGGGAGGUAAACAAGAUGGCGACAACCUGAGUAGCAGAGCAAAGCGAAGAUUCAACAUUAGUUAGCAUUCUCAGCAUCAUCAAAACAUCUUUCAUGGUGACUGACAUCAAAGCGAAAACCAUCAAAAGGUACACGCCAAGAAUGAAGCAUUAUGGCCCAGGUGGUCAGUGACCCAUAGGAGCUGACCAGAUCCCUGUAUUUUUGUUUGGAUCCAGGAUAAUACAACACACUGAUGAAUCCUAAAGAAAGGUUUAUGAUGGAGCAUAAGCUCUCCAAAGAAUGCUGCAUGCGAUUAAAGCAAUGCUUUUUGUUUUUAUCAACAUCUGACCAGUAUUAGUUAACUACAAUUGGAAUUACAUUAUAUACAGGCUAAAUUUAUCUGAUCCCAUCCAAUACAAGGAUUCUUCUCAAGCUUAAAACUUCAUGCCCACAUUUGCUUCAGUUUCAAAGAUUUUGCUUUUGCAAGCCAUAUUUUGGUUAAACGCUCCAUAAAGCUGAAAGUGUACUGGGUAUUUUUUUACACAGAAACUGAAUCAAGGAUAAUUCACCAUGAGCACUGGUGAGCUUCAUCACCUUGACUAUCUCAAUGAAAAUGAGCUGAUGGAUACUUUUAUUCACCGUAUUGACUCAACUGAGGUGAUCUACCAGCCACGCCGGAAGAGAGCUAAGCUAAUAGGAAAGUACCUUAUGGGGGAUCUACUGGGUGAAGGAUCAUAUGGUAAAGUCAAAGAGAUGUUGGACUCAGAGACACUCUGUCGUAGAGCUGUUAAGAUACUGAAGAAGAAGAAGCUGAGGAGAAUCCCUAAUGGAGAAGCCAAUGUCAAAAAGGAAAUUCAACUGCUAAGAAGACUACAACACAAGAAUGUGAUUCAGUUAGUAGAUGUUCUUUACAAUGAAGAGAAGCAAAAAAUGUAUAUGGUGAUGGAGUACUGCGUUUGUGGGAUGCAGGAAAUGCUGGACAGUGUCCCAGAGAAAAGGUUUCCAGUAUUUCAAGCUCACGGGUACUUCUGCCAACUCAUAGAUGGCCUUGAGUAUUUGCACAGCCAGGGAAUAGUCCACAAAGACAUUAAACCGGGGAAUCUGCUGCUGACCACUGAUGGAACAUUAAAGAUCUCUGACCUUGGUGUAGCAGAGGCUCUUCAUCCAUUCGCUGAUGAUGACACAUGUCGUACCAGCCAGGGCUCUCCGGCUUUCCAACCUCCAGAAAUUGCAAACGGGCUGGAUACCUUUUCAGGCUUUAAAGUGGACAUUUGGUCUGCAGGAGUAACACUAUACAACAUUACAACAAGUCUUUAUCCAUUUGAGGGGGACAAUAUCUAUAAGCUAUUUGAAAACAUCGGAAAGGGAGAUUACUCUAUUCCUGAGGAGUGUGGACCUCUGCUGUCAGACCUGCUGCAAGGAAUGCUGGAGUAUGAUCCUGCCAAGAGGUUUUCUAUACAGAACAUAAGACAACACAACUGGGUGCGUAAGAAACACCCUCCGUCAGAGCGCCCGGUGCCAAUCCCGGCCAAUGCUGAGAGCAGAGACCCUUGGCGCAGUAUGACCGUGGUGCCCUAUCUGGAGGAUCUGCAUGGCUACACGGAGGAAGAGGAUGACGAACUCUACGAUGGAGAGGAUGAGAUCAUAUACACUCAGGACUUCACAGUGCCAGGACAAGUGUCUGAUGAAGAUCUAGCAACUGCAGACAACAGUCCUGCUAUGGCUAAGCCAGUUUGUGCAAAUGGAACAGAGGGGGUGUCUCUCAACAACAAAGCCAAAGCUGAACGGCGAUCAUCGUCCUCAUCAAACCCUUCACGAAAAGGAGUUUCCACAGCCAGCAAGAUUCGCAAGCUCUCCACCUGCAAACAACAGUGACCCCCCCUCCUUUGGUCUUGUUUGUCGUUGACUGGUCCAAGUUUGGAGAUGAAUCUGCUGAGACUGGUGGCCUUUUAGAAACUGGACUACUAGUGUGCAGAGUUUGGCAUUUGAGUAAUGAAGGAACGCCAAAUUAAAUUCAUCCAAGAUUCCCUGGCUGUCAAGAUGGUGCUCCUUUUCUCCUUCAGCUCCAGAAAUACUCAUCUCCUCAGCCUCUUCCCAUCUUCAUCCUCUUCAAAGUGUUGUACUGGACUCAAAAGGUUCAUCUCUGUUCACUUUGGCCCACUAGUGUUUUAUUUUACUACAUUUGUUUUCACAGAACCCUAAUGACAGUUUUAAAACGCAUUGUGAUGUUAUAACAAUUAAAGAAAAAUCGUAUCAUAUUCUGUAUUUAAAUCUUUGAAAACAUUUAUAAUGGUCCUUUUAACUCCCACCAACACAAACCUGCAUGCUGUACUGAGAAACAAGGAAGCAGACUGAAAGACUGAAGCUUUGAAAUCCACUGCUGGCCUGUUAGAUUUUUAAUUUCCAGUUGGGUAUUUUCUUUUUCAAAAAUAUUUUUUAAUUAUUAUUUAUAUGAAUGUCCUGAACAGGUCUUGUUGAAUGAUCCUAUUCAUUUAAGUUGAGUCUAUUUUUGUUAUGCAAUACAAUUCAGUUGUUUAUGUACUGCUGUUUGGUCAUUCUUGGUGUUCAACAUUUUAGUACUGCUCUUCUUAAGAGGGUUUUAUAACAGCAGUUUUGUUGUCAGCUUAGGGAAUAAAUAGAGCUCAAGUAGCUCGACUGCAGGCACUGUGGAGUGGCAUCCCAGUCACAGUUGCCAGUUUUCCACGGAAGGCUCUUUGUUGUGCCGAUCACAUCUAAAGCACUCUCCUCUUAUGCAGCCUGGUCCAUCAUCAGUCUUGGCUGGUAAUAGAUCAGUGAGCAGGUGAGUCACCGCUCUGAGGGAGGAGGGAGCAGCGCCUCCUACGUCAGCAAGGACCAGUGUGAGAUUCUCCACUUGAAAAGAAUGACAUAUUUCUGCAUCACAGCUAUGUGAGAUCUCGCACACAAUUGAUCCAUUACUAUGGAAAUAAAUGUGUUGUUUGAAACAACUUCUUCAGAUAUGACAACUAAAAAUAAUGUAAUUUAUUAUAGGUUUUUGUGUUCUCGUUCUAGAAUUUCAUUGUUUCAUAAUUUCAGAUGGAGGACUAUGGGAAAUUGAAAGAAAUAUCCAGUCUUAUGAGCCACAGAUGUUGUGCUUAUUAUUUGGGAUUGGCUCCACAAACUAUAUUUUAAAGUCAUUUCAAUUGAAAACAGUUACAUAUUUUGGGUUGAAUAAUGGCACCACUCUGAAGCCAUUGUACAAAUAGAAUUUCACGUUUGUUUAUUUGUGCUGACAGAAAAGAUGUUAAACUUUGCAUCAGUUUUUUGUUUCAUGUGGAUGGGCACAGUAUUUACAGAGAUAUUAACCGUAAACCAGAUUAAUAAAUCUGCAAUUUGAGUUAAACAGCUAAUCUUGUUAAUGUAGCUUUUGUUAGUAGAUGGAUGUUGAUAUUUGCUAAUGAAAGAUCAUAUCACACACAGCAAUUCUUAUCCCUAUUCAUUUCCCAAACCUUACUCUCCUAUUUUAACAUACAGCCAAGUUCUUAAUGAAAAUAACUGGAACAAACUGACCCAAUAAGUGAUGUGAUUUUGCAACAGUCAUAUAAAAAAACUAAUGAUUUUUUAUCUAUUUUAAGCAAUUUGUUUUUGACUGGACAUGAACUAUUUGGAACGUUUAUUUUUAAAUAAGUUGCCACAGUGUGUUUAUAACCUUUUUCAGAGUCACAUUGUUUUGCUUCACACUCUACUUGUCAACACAGGAUUUUGGUUCCAGUUUCAUUCCCCCUCCCUAAUAAAUAAUAAAUUGACAUGA